AUUUGUUAUAAAUAAUGUUUAAAAAAUAAAAGUAUGAAGAUUUCAGUAUUCGUCCGAAUUUAUGAAAUUAAAAAUUCAUUAUUCAAAAAUAAAAGGUCAUGUUAUUGAACAAAGUUGCUUCAGUUGCUUCCGGGAUACGUCACGAAUACGUCUCUGAUUGGCCAAAAGCGAAACAUGGCGGCCAUCGCGCCAUCGCGGCGGCCAUAGCACGAAGUAGUGUUGCUACAGUUACAGUAAGAAGAUUACCCGAAAUGUCGGGAGAAAAUUACGACUCGAAAGGAUUAACCGGAUAACUUCAGUGAAGAGAAGAAAUUAUUUUACAAACGGAUUCGACUUGGAAGGCAGUAAUGAGAAUUUUCUUAUAAGAUGAAUGUGUAAUUAAGUCAAACGGUCAUACUGAACUGUGUAUAGAUAUAAGUCGGUAAGAAUUUUGUCUUUGUGUUCGUAAUUAUAUUGGAUUGAUUAGUAUAUAAGCUAGAAGAUCUUUUCAGGGAUAAGAAGAGAAGCACUAGCCUAUGGUAUACUGCAGGUAUAUCUUAUAAGUCUUAUAAGACAAGCGUAAAAUAAGAAGGGGCAGAGGAAUUUUCCGCUUUGAAUUUUACUUGAUACAUGUGUGUUAAACUUAAUUAGAAUUAAGAUUUUAGUAUUAAGUAUUUGUAUAAAAGUAAUAACGAUGCAUCUAAAAGGACCGAAGAAGAAACAAGUUACGGUUAGUUUAUUCGUUAAAUAUGUCAGAAAUCAGGGAGUUCUGACUAAGGCUGGCAACACUAAUUCCCGUAGAGAAUACGCUUUACUUUGAAACUUUGUUUACGGAGAAGCUGCAACAGCGCUGGUUCCCAAGAAGUUUGCAUCCAGUUUAUAGGAAGACAAAAACACGAACCGGCCUCCGUGAACCAUCACGGACUCGACACAUACCACCGGAUUAGACGAGAAAAGAGAAAAGAAAUUCCUCGGACAAGAUGGACGAGAUUCUCUUAAUCAGACUUCGAAUCACCAGUGAAAAAAUUGGUGCUGAAUUGGAAACAAUACCCAGUACGGUUCGGUCAGAAAACAUAGGACAGGCUCAGGUCGUCUAUAACAGACUGCAAGCUGCAGUGAAUAGGCUCAACGCUAAUUUAUCAGAAUACUUUCGUUUAGCUACAACUCCUGCAUCAGAUGAAAUUUUCUUGAUUAGUGGCCAGCAGCUUUUAGCAGAAGAGACUUUAGCAGAACUCAAGGCGAAGAUCGACCAAGUCACCGUAUCCCGUGAGACCCAGGAAAAGCCGCCUGAAGUGAAUUCCUCUUGUCGACUACCGAAACUCCAACUACAGGUUUAUAACGGGGAUGUGCUUUCCUGGUGCGAAUUUUGGGAUAGUUUUAGCAGCAAUAUCGACUCAAGAAACUUACCUGAUGUAGACAAGCUGUCUUAUCUUAAAACUUCAGUGACGGGUGAUGCUAAGAAAGCUAUUGAUGGCCUGCCUACCACUAACGGAAACUAUAAGAUAGCGGUCACUCUACUAAAGGAACGUUUUGGCAAGAAAGCUCAUCUGAUUGAUGCCCACUAUGCUACAUUAUACAAAAUCGAAACGGCAAAAAGCAGCGCAGAAGAUUGUAGAAGAACUUUCAACGAGGUGGAGCGCAAUCUUAAAAUCCUAGAGUCUCUUGGCGAAAACACCAACCACAACCAUCUUCGUUUCAUGAUUUUGGAGAAAUUUCCUUCGGAUUUAAUAUACGAAAUAAAGUUGAAAAUUCAGAAUGAGUCCACACAAGAACUCCGGGAACAAUUGAAUAAAAUUAUCACUGCAAAGGAAGAUGCAGAGAGAAUUGCUGGAAGGAAACGAUCACAUGAGGUAGAUGACAGCACUGUCGGUACCCUGCAUGUGAACGCAAAGCGUGCGAAGAGAAUGCAUCAUUUCCAACAGGGAAAUAAUACCUCAAAUACUCAACAUUAUCAAGGAAGUACUAACAGAAAAGGACUAAAUAGAAAAGGAAAAUUUCAAAGGGCCAAUGAACCCAAAAAAGGAAGCAAACCGAGCGUAUCUAAUGUUGCAACAUCUGCUAACAGAUCUGCAACUGUUAACCCAAAGGAAAAAGGGAAAAUCUUAGGUUGUAUAUUCUGCAACGGCAAACACCGCAAUUAUACGUGCCAGGACGCUUCUACUUUAGAGGAAAGAAAGAAGCGGUUGACCGGAAGAUGCUUUAUAUGCUUUAGGAAGAAUCAUCUUGUAAAGGACUGUAAGGAAAACUGGACUUGUAGACUUUGCCCAGGAAAGGAAAGGCACAACAUGGCCUUAUGCCCUUCAAAUUUUCCAAAGGAUCCCAAAACAAAGAAACAGUCUUGACUAUUUCAGAAAGAGGAAUCACCACUCUACAGACAGCUGUUGUUUAUGCUAA